AAUGCUAUCAAAACAGUGGCUGCGGGUGACGUUUGGGGUGAAAGGUUAUAAGUGUUAAUAUCUUGAAUCAUUGCGCAGAAGUUACAGUUUUUGCAGCUUAUAACACCGCUGUACGAAUUUUAGCGUGGCGUUUUAUGAGUUAAAGGGCUUGCAUAUUUCACGGGGAAAAUGGCUCUGUCGAAACCAAUAUAUAGUCUGAUGGAGAAAUACUUUGAACAACUGUACACGCAUCCCAUAAGGACAAAAUCUAUCAACAGCUGUGUAAUUGCAGUGCUAGGAAAUCUGGCAUUCCAGUACCUCUCCGGAAAUAAAGUCGUAAACCAAGAUAGUUUAAUUGCAUAUGGAUUAUAUGGUUUGCUGUUUGGUGGAACAAUACCCCAUUUUUUCUAUAAAGGACUGGAUGGAUUUAUACCAUAUGGAACAUCGCAUCGUUCACUUAAGCAGCUUGCAGUGGAGCGUUUCAUAUUUAUGCCUCUGUACCAAGCCUUUUCCUUGUACAUGCUUGCAAGGCUAGAGGGAAAAUCACACAAUGAAGCCAUGGGGCAGCUACUACGCAUCUAUGGACCCACCGUCAGAGCCAAUUGGAUUUGGUUAACAGUAGUGCAGUAUCUGAAUCUAAGAUUAAUACCACCAAUGUUGAGAGUGCUUUUCGCAAAUUUGAUAGGAUUUUUCUGGAUCAUAUACCUGGCAAAGAGGAGGCAAGCAAGAGAAAGGAAAGGAAAUAAGCAAUGAGAGGACCAUCUUCAGUGCAGCAAACUAUUGCACGGAGAAAGUGAAAGUAACGAUAAAGAAGUACUGUUGUAACAUUAAAACCUGUUACAUUCGUGUUUAGUGAAUUGUGAAUUUCCUCACAUUCCUUGUACAGGGAGUUCUGAAAUUGUUAUUUUGUUAUGUUUUCACAGUAUUUUUUAAGACAAAUAUGUUAUAUCUUAUUUUUAUAACUGCUUAACUUGGAGGGUAAAAAUAAAAUUUUGUUUGCUGUAUCUAA